AGAAAAUGGCGGCGCCCAGCAGAACGCAGGUGUUAUCGCUGUAUCGGAUGCUUUUGAGGGAAAGCAGCAAAUUUCCUACGUACAACUACAGGACGUACACCCUGCGAAGGGUACGUGAUGCGUUCCGAGAGAACCGGAAUGUCGAGGACCCAAAAGUUCUGGACCAGCUGUUGAACAAAGCACGCGACAAUCUGGCCAUCAUCCAGAGACAGGUAGUCAUAGGAAGGAUGUACGAGGUUCAACGGACCGUAGUGGAAUCCCAGUCGAGGAAAUUCUUCUGACUGGACACAAGUGGACUACGCCGCUGUCUGUAGAGGGGGACCAAGGCUUUUCAGGAAACCGCUGACUGUCUAACACGCCUACAUCGGGGCCUAGGUUGAGGGAGGAGGAGGAGGAUGAUGCCUUUCAGACAAUGUAUACAUUCACUGUUCCCAAAUCACUUACACCCAUUCUGCCUCUUUAUAAAGUCAACUGUGCUGAAGUGCACACUUCACUGAGUACAAAUACAACACAGCGAACACACCACACAGCCUGCUGUUACAGCCCACUAUUAGGAGUCUGUCUUUUUUAAGUUUGCCGAUACAUGUGAUGUGUGUAUUAUUUGUCCUGUUUCAUUAAAGUUAUGUUGCUUUAAGACACCACGA